CGUGAUGAAAACUUUUUACAUCAGCAGUCAAAAUGGAAGAUUUUUCGAGUUUCUUGUGUUUAUUUACUUUUCUUUGUGUGUUAAAUUUCCUUUCUGGUGUUGAAAUAGUUAACGUUGAAAGUGAAGUAACAAAAGAAUGUUACGGAACACAUGUUGGUUUUGGAAUGUCUGGUAACCAGGACGACCAUUACGAAUCCAUCCGCAGGAGAUUCAAAGACUGCACACACGUGGAAGGAAAUCUAGAGAUAACUCAUGUAGACAAGGCCAUUAACUCUUCCUAUGACAUUAGUUUCCUGUCUUCAAUCAAAGUAGUGACUGGUUAUGUUUUACUGGGAUUGUUAGAAGUACAAACUAUUCCACUCAUCAACUUACGAUUGAUCAGAGCAGACAGCACCUAUAACAUAAUGGGUGAAGAAUACGGCCUUGUGGUGGCCUUGACCUCCGAAGCCGGAAAUGACCCUAAACGUGUAGGACUCCGUGAACUUCAGUUACCAUCACUGUUAGAAAUCUCCAAAGGAAAGGUAUUUUUCGCACAAAAUCCUCAUUUGUGUUACAUUGAUACAAUAGACUGGGGUUCCAUUGUUCCUGAUAACGACCGACCUGUGAAAUAUGGCGAACUGGCAUAUUCUGAUAAUUGUGAAAAGGAGUGUGACCCUGAGUGUGAAGUUGAUGGAAUAAAUCGUUGUUGGGGAGAAUCUAGAUUUAUGUGCCAGACAGUGCGGAGCUCACAUUGUCAUUCUUCCUGUCCAGGCCGUUGCUAUGACAGUUAUAUAUUAGGUUGUUGCCAUCCAGAAUGUGCUAUCGGAUGUUAUGGACCAAGUGAUUCUGAUUGCGAGAUGUGCAAGUAUUUCCAGUUUGGUGAUCGAUGUGUUCCUAGCUGUCCCGCAGAUGCACGUAGAAUAGGGCAAGAAUGUAUAAUGCCAUAAAAGACAGACAUUACAAGGGAGACAAUUCUCAGUGCAAAUCGAUUUUUUUUUUUUCUUGUAUGAGAACCAUACAGCGGAAGCAGUUCACCCCGUCAAAUUGUUUUCGCAGAAGUUGUAAAAUGGUAUCUGUAAAAUAAAGCAAAAAUUUAAAGACAUAUGGAGCGAUUGGUUGUAAAAACGAGACAGUAAAGGCUGUAUAUAUACGUACACGUAAACUCAUAUAGAUUUGUAUGUUUUAUCUUAGUUUAUUAUUGUUGUGAAAUGUAUAUAUAAUAUAUCAGGGAUAUACUAUUCAAAAUGGACCCAAACAUUGUUGUAGAAAGUAUUAAAGUAUUUUUGAAGUUUCA